AUGGCCGACAUCCCAUCCCCAAGACGUACUGUCCUCCUCAUCCAUGGUCUCUGGAUGACUCCUCUCUCAUGGGAAAAUUGGAUCCGUCAUCUCGAGGCAAAAGGAUUUAAUGUCUUGGCUCCCGGCUGGCCUGGCGUUGACGACCGGACACCUCAGCAAAUCCGUGAGGACCCAAAGCCGAUGGCUAAUAAGAGCAUUGAUGAAAUCUGCGACCAUUAUACAGCCAUCAUCACGCGUCUCUCAGAGCCACCGAUAAUAGUAGGCCACAGUUUUGGUGGAUUGUUUGUUCAGAUUCUCCUCUCUCGUGGCCUCGGAGCUGUGGGUAUUGCCAUCUGCCCUGCCAAUCCGGCCGGCGUGUUUGCCCUGCCUCUCAGCACAGUCAAGGCAACGCUGCCAGUUCUUUCCAACCCUUUCGACUUUGAAAGCACAGUCAAGAUUACAGAGUCUGAAUUUCGCUACUAUUUUGGCAAUACCAUGUCUGAAGAAGAGAGUAAAGCUUUAUACGAACGAUACGCCAUUCCGAGCAUUGCACACGUUCUUUGGCAAGGUGCAAUAGGUGGUCUUGUACACCCAAAAGGCGUAUUGCAUGUGGAUUUUAACAAAGAUGAUCGCGCGCCUCUUCUUCUUAUUUCUGGAUCCAAGGAUCACGUUGUGCCACCGCAAACUGUGAAGAAAGAAUACAAAGCGUAUCAAAAGGGAAGUGGCUUAGUGGAGUACAAAGAAUUUCAAGGACGAUCGCAUGGUAUCGUCAGCCAGGAAGGAUGGGAAGAUGUUUUGGACUAUGCUCUCGUAUUUGUGGAGAAACACUGGCCUAAUGCUUGA